UUUCAAUUUUAUUUAUGUACAUCUUCUAUCUACUGUAGGAUAGAGUGGGUAUUUGAGUUUUAUUUCUCUUACCUAGUUUUCUUUCAUCUAUUGACUCGAAAGGAGUAAAAACGACGCUGUCGAGUCACCAAUCCAAAAGAGGAAGAAGAAAGACAAAAAAAUAAAAAGGGACUUUGUGAUUGGCACUCGAGCCAACGAAUCAAUCAUUGGGUCUGAAAGUCCAUCCGUGUCUGUUCCCGCGACGUGACGGCUGGCAUUUCUGUACUGUAUUUACCGACUACCUACCGCUAUCCUUCAAAUAUUGGUCAAGGUAGUUAGUUGCCUGCCUCAUCCACGCUCGGACGGUCCGUUUACGUGCAGUUCGUUGAUCAUCUGACCGUCGGCGAUUCGGGCUGAAAUAAAUGACCAUAGCACUCCUUUACGAUUCCAUCGGCAAUUUCAAAAAUAAAAGUAUACAUAACAAUAACGCAGCAAGGGGCGAACUGUUUGCUACCCUUACCACGCCAAGGCAGUUCUGCUUUUUCAAAGUAAAAUUCUGCCGGUUUCAAGUCCCGCCAGCAAAGCCAGUCAGGCAAUCAGUCAAUUUUGUUGUUUGCUUUGUCCUGUUCCCAGCCUGCAUUUGUGUUGUGUGACCGUGACCCUGCCACGCGUCAACAGCGACUGCACUAGGCACCUGGGGAAAAAAGCCACCGGCUUGGAGCUAGGAGCUUGCAAGAACACCGGCGCCAUUUCCAUACCAAGGUGGUCCCAGUCCGUUCGCCGAAAGAGAAAAUAGAGAGGAAAGGAAAAAAAGAAAAAGAAAACCAAAUUCGCACGUCAUAACAGCCAUGUCCAGUCACGGCACAGGCGAUAGCGAAAGGCAUGCAGCCAGCAUGAAUCGCUCUAUCGUCGAGCUUGAGAGGAUGGUCAAGGGACUCGAUGAAACCUUACAUAGAAUUCUGCAGUCGAGCGGCACUGCCGCAGCUGUGAUUCCAUCAGCCGUGGGAUCCUUUGAGAUAAUGAUCACGGCCUAUCAAGAUGUCACUGGAUCGGCACCAAUUUUGCCCAGUAGAGAUUCGUUACUGCCUGCUUUGCUGGCGACGCGUAGGACCCACAGGACCGCGACCGAAUCGCGUGAGUUCUUGGAGGCACAAGAGGCCGCUGUUGAAAGGGCUAGGAGAAAGCUCGAGGCAGAGGAGUCUGGUCUUGAGGACCAGCGCAUUCUUCGAAAAUGCCUAGAGGAACGCAUCCAGUCGUUGCGUAACGGGCUUGAGUCAAGAACCGAACCUACACCCCGGGAAAUAUCGCACGGUCGGAUCCAGGAGCUUAAAAUCAAGAAACGAACUUAUGACAGGGAAACCUCGGCAUUACUCAAAACGUUCAACAAAUUCAUCGAUGAACAUCUCGCCCCGCUGCUAGCUGCCGAAGAGCUAGGAGGUCCCGUUGUGGGUGAGAUGAUGGACAUUGAUUCGGAUGGCCUAGUGGCAGGCUUCAGCUCGCAUGGGAAGCUCAAGAAGGCAACGGGCGCAGCAGAUCCAGAGAAGCGGCAGCGUCGUAUCGACGAGAUCUGGGGAAGUCCUUCAGCUCGUCCAGGGUCCAAAACCAGGCAGAACUGGGACGAGACGGCAGCGGCAGGUUCUGACAUGCGCGAACUUACGGAGCUGCUGCUGCAGAAACUUGUCGAGUCCGAGGGUGACCACUGGGCGUCUUAUGUCCAGAUACCAAAGGAGUCGGCGGCCGCCAGAUUCCUUAUCCGUUCCAGGGUCGCACAGUUUCACCCCAAAGAUGCGACCCGUUUGCGGCUCAUUGACUUUGGAAAAGAUUUGGAUGACUGA